GUUGGAUCCCGGAGGCUGCCCGGAGCUGGUGCAGGACGAGGGCAAAUACGUGGUGACCACCGACGAGGGCUGGGAGUUCCAGACGCUGGAGGACGCCACGCUGGCCACGCUGGCCUACAACCGCAGGGUGCUGCAGGACAACGCAGAGAAGUUCCAGCACAACAAGCAGCUCACUGAAGGCAGGAGCUUCCAGCCCCAGUACGGGCCCGUAAAGCAGCUGGCAGGCUACGACUCCAUGGCGGCGCAGCGGGGAGCCUGCGGGGAGGCUUACCAGGGCGCCGGUGCCCUUGGCAGCGAGGCAGCUGUGGGACUUCAAUCCUGGGCCAAGCGCACCGCCGUGACUGCCUCUCGCCAACUUUGCUCUCAAAACAACAGAUUUUUUCCGAAGUGGGAAGAGGGAACCCCGACUGCGGAAAACUCGGUUUCGCCGGUCCCCGGGAUUUACCCUGUGGACAUCUGGCACAUCUUCAUAAAUGAAAUGUGUACCAAGAACUACGAGGAAUGGCAGCCGCCCGCAGAUCCCAAAGACCUGCUGGGUGAGGAGUGGGAGGAGCGCCGAAACGGCAUCUUCGACCGCGAGGGGCACUCUUUGAUCUUCAAGGAGCUUCCCUCCCGCAAGCGGCGCCGCAGCCCCGACCAG